AUGAGUCGGAGGCUGAGGAGGAAGGGUCUCCAAUCCAGAGAUAACGAGAAAGGCCUCGCCAUCUACCAAGCUGUCCCAUGCUGUUCUGAUGGCGUCUCAGAGGUGUAUGAGGUGGUCAACUUUCCCCCCUCUGUGGCCGCCAUGAACGCUGAUCCCGACAUUCAGCCCAGGAAGAGGGCCGCAGCCACCUGCCAUGGUUCUGUCACCUCAUCCUCUGGGCUUGGCUCUGUGUCUUCUCAAGCGGUCCCUGUGGACUGGACCAGCCUUCCCGAUGACACAGUCAUCCAGAUCUUUUCUCGCCUCAACUAUCGGGACCGUGCCAGUCUUGCCUCCACCUGCCGUGCUUGGCGCAUCAUUGGUUGUCUGCCAUUCCUGUGGCAAGCUCUUGACCUCCGAGCCCACCGGUGUGAUGCAGCCACAGCCCUAUCACUUGCUUCCCGCUGCUCAACCAACCUUCGAAGCCUCCACUUUCGUGGGUCUGAGGCAGCUGCCUCUGUCAUGAACCUCCAGGCCCGGGGCCUCCGUGAGAUCAGCGGUGAUUUCUGUCGAGACAUCACUGAUGCUAUUCUAUCUGUGAUGGCUGCACGGCAUGAACUCUUGGAAAGCCUUCAGAUUGGCCCCGACCCAUGUGAGAAGAUCAGUAGCGAUGCCAUCAGGGCAAUUGCUCUCUGCUGCCCCAAGCUUAGGUGCCUGCGUCUCUCGGGGGUGCACCAAGUCGACGAAGAAGCUCUCAAUGCCCUUGGCAGGCACUGCAAGUCCUUGGAGGAAGUUGCCUUCAUGGACUGUGGGAACAUCAAUGAGGCUGCACUUGGGAGUCUGGCAUCUAUGCGGUUCCUCUCAGUUGCGGGCACAAAGAACAUGAGUUGGGCUGCCGCUUCACUCACAUGGAGCAACCAGCUCUGCAAUUUGGUUGGGUUGGAUGUUUCAAGGACUGAUAUCUCCCCUACUGCAAUGUCGAGGCUCCUCACAUCUUCAAAGAGCCUGAAAGUCUUGUGCACGCUCAAUUGCCCAUUUAUCGAUGAGGAAGGCUCCAAUGGGACCUCUGUGUUAACCAGCACGAAGGGCAAGGUGUUGCUUAAUUUCUCCUCGGACAUAUUCAAGGGGGUAGCUGCAUUAUUGCAUGAUGCCCCUGCUGCCGAGGCCUCUGCAAUAAAGGACUUUAGGAAUGUGUUUAGAGAGUGGAGGACUUGGAAACACAAGAAUGGUGGUGGCAAGUAUGUUGAGGAAGUCAUGAAUUGGCUGGAAUGGAUUCUCUCUCACACCCUCCUGCGUAUUGCCGAGACAAACCCCCCAAGGAUGGACGAAUUCUGGUUAAGGCAAGGGUCAAGCCUGCUGCUCAGCUUGGUGAAAAGCUCACAAGAGGAUGUCCAGGAAAGGGCAGCAACUGGACUUGCCACGUUUGUAGUCAUUGAUGAUGAGAAUGCUACAGUGGAUCCUGCCAGGGCAGAGGCAGUUAUGAGGGAUGGAGGGAUACCUCUACUUUUGGAUCUUGCAAGGUCUUUCAGGGAGGGUAUUCAAUCAGAAGCUGCGAAGGUAACGGGUCUAACUAAGAUGACAUCUUACUUCUUAUUUGAUACGCGAUUCAUUUUUGUGCUUUUUAUUUCUUGGUUCAUACAUUAUUCUCAAUUGGUUGUGCAGGCCAUCGCUAAUUUGUCUGUGAAUACGAAAGUGGCUAAAACAGUUGCUGAUGAAGGAGGAAUUGGGAUACUAUCUGAUCUAGCGAGAUCCAUGAAUAGACUGGUUGCUGAAGAGGCUGCCGGAGGGUUGUGGAACCUUUCUGUUGGUGAAGAGCACAAGGUUUGCAACGAUCUUCAACUUGAUUUUUUAUUAUUAUUAUUGUUAUUUUAUUUAUUUAUUUUGGUAUGUGUGGAAGUGUUGAUGUUUAUGGCUUCAUUUUUUUUUUCUAGGGUGCCAUUGCUGAAGCUGGUGGGAUUAAAGCUCUUGUUGAUCUUAUCUUCAAGUGGCCAUCUGGCAUUGAUGGAGUUCUUGUAUGAAUAAUUUUUACUCCUCUGAACCUUUUACAAUGUUUCUUUUUCUUCAACAAAUACUAAGCUUUGUUUCCAAAUUGUUUAUUUAUUAAAACAGGAGCGUGCUGCUGGCGCACUUGCAAACUUAGCUGCUGACGACAAGUGCAGCAUGGAGGUUGCCAUGGCCGGUGGUGUCCAUGCAUUAGUGAUGCUUGCUCGUACUUGCAAGGUUGAAGGAGUACAGGAGCAGGUAUUUCUGUCUGUAAUAUCUGUCCGAGUUUUGUAUGAUCAAUUGCACCUUGCUCUGGUCCAUAUGAAAAUCUUCUGUGAAUUAGAUUCGAUAUGCAUACAAUAGCACUGUCCAUAGUUGCCAGUUAAUGUUGGCAUUGCAUACGGCCUACUGUUAGCAUCUGGAUCUCGAAUGCGCUUGCUCUCUUCAUUGUUCUUAGUUUAUCUCCACUUAGUUUAUACCAUGCCAGAAAGUAUUCCAAGCUACCUUUAUAUUCUCUCCAUUACUCUUUAUUCGGUUUCUUUUAAUGACAUAGUUGCAUUCUCCUGUACAUCAAUGUUUAGUGUUGUGCACCACAAUGUUGUGACUUAGGCCGUAAUGAUAUGCUGUGGGAUGUCCAUAGUGCUAAAAUUGAAUAUGGAUUUCACAUGUUUUAUGACGUGAAGAAAUUAGCUCUGCACCGCUGGAAACCAGUGGAGGAUAAUGAUAAUUGCACAUGGUUUUUUCUUUCCCUCAUCUUUUUAUUAAUUCGAGCUUUUGAUUAAUGGAUUUGCUUCUUCUUCAUCCUUUACAGGCUGCUCGAGCUUUAGCAAAUUUGGCUGCUCAUGGUGAUAGUAAUAGCAAUAAUGCUGCCGUUGGUCAAGAAACAGGUGCACUAGAGGCUCUAGUUCAACUAACUUGUUCCCAAAAUGAAGGUGUAAGGUACUACAUUUUCUCAAUAUGAAAAUGUAUUUGAUAUUUGGUGAUCUACCAGAUUUGUCCUUGUUAUUUGUUUUCUUGUCUUUUCUGGUAAUGUUCAUAUCAUCACAAAUUAGUUAGGCACGUCCACACAAAUCUAGCUAAGCGUGCUGUUUUCAUCUUUCUUUCUUUAUUUGAAGCAAAUCAUAGUUUCACAGUGUAAAUGUUCUUUUCUUUGUUAGAUAGUUUUUUUAGGUGAGAUCCUGUAUCUAUUGCAGAAUUAUGCACAUGAAUAUCUCUGCAUCCCUUGUAAGGCCGUUUCUUGUCAAGUUUUCAAGUUUUAUUUCAUGGUUUAGAUCAUGCUCCAGGAAAUCUGAUUUGCGGCCAGCUUUUGACCUGCUCUUGAUUUGGGUAGUUUUGUCUCACUUGUGAUAUUAUAUUUCCUGGUCUUUAACAUGUUCGUUCUGUCUCGUGCAUCUACAAAAUAGACAAGAAGCUGCGGGUGCCUUGUGGAACCUAUCAUUCGAUGACAGAAAUCGGGAGGCAAUUGCUGCAGCUGGUGGUGUGGAAGCGUUGGUAUUUCUCUUCUUCUUUCUUGAAAGUGGAUACUAUUUUCAACCUCUUUCCUGGAAUUAUUAUCGCUAUUUGAGUUCGUUAUAUUUCUUUCUUUAUUUGUAAAUUGUGCAGAGAUCCUAAUAAGCAGUUUUACUCGUUUAAAUUGACCAUAAAAGAUCAAGGUGUUUUUAAUGGUAUAAUAGAAAAGAGGGAUGUAGUUAAAUUUGAAGCGAUAUUAAUGUAGAAUAUAAUCGUGGGAAAUGAGGAGGCCCAAAAGAGUGUGGCUCAAAGAGCUAGAACGAGUGAAGCUUGGACAUCUCAAGUGCUGCAGCAUCUUCUCUACACCAGAUGCUUCAUUCUAGACUAUUUUGAAUGUAUUUUUCUUUUUUCUAGGGGAGCAUUUCUUUCUUUUGUUAGUUGAUUCUAUUUUUUGGGGGAUCUAGAACUAGUUUGUAACUAUCUAGGACUGUUAUGGUUUCCCGACCCAAAUCAUUAUUUUUCUCUAUUUCUAUCCUUUGGUAUUCAAGCAUACUCUUUUUAUUCCUCUUGGAACCAAAAGGCCCCGUCUUUUAUACAAAUUGGAAGUCCUUUCAUAUGCAGAUGCUCGAUUGUCAAUAGGUCUAAUCUAUUUUAUUUGUGUGUGUGUGUGUGUGUGUGUGUUCUUUACCAGACACAAUUUAACGAAUCGCUACAAGUGUAUUUUGAUGUACAGUGUCCCAAUCUAAUUAGACUGUAAAAGUUGUAGUUUUGGACAUUCAAAAAGUUGUAUUUCUUGAUGAUGGAUUUGGGUGAAUCAUAGAUUACCAUAUUUUCAGAUCUCUUCAGGUUCUAAUUUCCCAUGUGCCCUAAACAUGAAAUUUAUUUCGAGACCAAGAUGCAGAAGUGGAGUGGCGAAGAAUAGGAAGAUAGAGGAAUAGGCCAGGGAUAGGCGAUGUUUGAGUGAUAAUGCUUGUAAAUAGGGCCAGGGAUUUUGCUGUGUUUUCUUACUGGCAGAUUAGAUUUUGGUUGAGAGUUAAGUUCAUUAGCUAUAACUUGUGCUCAGGUAAAGGCAAGAGUGUCUAAUUUUUCAGACCUGAUUUAUUCUAUCUAGACGCAUAGGAACUUUAUGACAAUAAAUUGGAAGUUCUCAUCUUCAACGAGACUAUGAAGAUGUGAGGGAAAAUGGUUCUUGCUGAGACUACUUGCAGUUUUCUUGAAGAUAUUUCCUCAAGUGACAAGAUGAAGAACUUUAAUUGCUUUGGUCAACUUCUUUGAUUAUUUUUUAUUACCAUUUAUUAGUCAGUUGUGCACUAUAUGUUCAAUAUUACACUACGGAGUCAUUUAGACUAGCAUUCUCGAAAUGGGCCUGAAAUGGCAGAGGCAAUUGUUUUCUUUUCUUAUAUGGUGGGGCCAUAAAUUUAACCUGGUGGUUCUUGCUACUAUGCUGCUAUGGUACUACAAACUGUGUGCGGUACGAGAAAAGUUGAAGAAAGUUUCAGAUGUCUAUACAACACCAACAGGGGUGUUGACUGGUAUUGUCAGUGUUUCCAGGGGAGCCGUGUAUAUCGAGAGAGACACUAGGGUAGAAGUCUUUCAGCUAAUUAUCUUUCAGCGGGAACAUUAACAUCCUCAUUUAUAACCAAGUGAUGGCGGUUGUUUCUCUGCUUCCUGUGCCCUAAUUUUGUGUUUGCUUUUGUUGGGGGGAGGAUUGGGUGGGUUGGGGUGCAUAAUGAUAUUGUUUGCAGAAGAGCUCGUUCGUUUUAUUGCAGAAAUUAAUUGUCGCUGUAAAUCUGCAAAUUCCUCUUGUGCUGAGACGGAGCCUUGGUUUGGAAUCAUAUCUUUCAAUGGACCUUAAAUUUUCCACUGUCUAUUCCUUGAUGCUUUGUGUCCUUUUCUGUUCUGAGUCUUUUGGGCUGUUAUUUUGUUUCUUUUUCCUCCAAGGGGUUGCAUUCAUCUAAUCCUGGAGCUUAUUUUGCCUGUAUUUUGGCCUUACUUUUUAUAACCCUGUCAAAAGUGCAUCUCAAGACCUGAAUCACAAGUUAUUUCUUUGAAUUUAUGUAUUAAUUGGUGUGAAUUUAUUAGGUGGCUCUUGCUCAGUCGUGCUCAAAUGCUUCUCAAGGCCUUCAAGAGAGGGCUGCUGGAGCUUUGUGGGGAUUGUCGGUGUCAGAAGCUAAUAGGUAUCUAGUUUUUAAAAAUUGAUUUCAUUGGUAACAUGCUACUUUACUUUCUCUCUCCUAUUUUUUUCUGCACAACUGUGGUCGUAUCUUCAAAGUAUCAUCAGGAGCUUGAAUGAGUCUAAGUAUUAGUUUUGUCUCGGUUAUCUGUUUUUGUCGCUGUCAAUCUCCUGGUAUAUUAUCUGUUCAUGUGCCUCUGCAAAAGGUAUCUUGCAGAUGAUUGGGUUUUUCAUAACUCAGUUAUGAGAGUUGGAGAUAUGGGUGUAAUAUGAUAUUGGAUUUACAUAUAUUUCUUAUGAAGGGAUGGGGGCUCAUUGACAAGGAGUUCGUAGAAAUGUCUACAGGAUCAGUUGAAAUAAAUCUCCAAUCUGGUCGUAUCAACAUGUGUCUCGCCAGAAUCAGCCAGUAAUGGAGUGUUUUCUUUCUUCUUCCCACAUAAUUGGCAUAUUACUGCAAUGACGUUUAGCACAUCCCAGCCUAGACGUGGUCAAAUAUAACAAUAUUUGAGGUUUAACGCUUUAGUAUUAUGAUCUCCUUCCACCACUUGGCCCUCUAUAUUUGGCACUUUAUUGCUUGGCUCAGGGUAGAGGAGAUAAACUAAUGGACUCAGCCUUCGUUAGGACGACUUUCUAAGCCAUAUAGUUGCCAACAGGUCAAUGCUUUCACCAUCAUUUGACAGACUAGCAUGAUUUUAAAAGACCAAAUCGAUAACUGGGAGAAGGGAAAGGUACUUCCAGAUCUUUGUUUCAAUUUUUGAACUAAAAUCAGCAGAUUCUUGUUGGCAUGGCUGUUUCUAUUCAAUUUUAACAAAAAUCCCAAAAAGGUUUAAAAGUAGAAAUAUAAGUAGAAGGGACAAAGGGGAUAAACUGCUAAACAAGUACAGGGGAAUUUGUUUUAGGUAUUGUUAAAAUCUGCGACAACUGAUAAGAACUAUGACUAGUUUGGCUUCUGAGAACAGAUAAAAGAAAGGAAAUGAAGACAUUGUUAAAUGAACAAUGCAUUGAAGCAUCUAAUGAGAAUCUUAAGGUUUUGUUCUAGAUAUACCGAGUACAAUGAGAGUACUCGGUAUUUUAAAUGGUGGAAGACAGGUAAUUUCUUCGUAUAGAAGGUCUUGAUUAAUAGGGCCCUUCCUGCUUCCUUGAUGGUUGAUGUCUCAUUGAAGGUUUUAGGCAUACAAAUUAGUGUCUCUGGCUUCAAGAUAGUGGAACGGCUACCAAUUUCUUUGGAGAUAGUGUCCCAUCGAUGGAUGAUACUGUAUGGACAGUUUUUAGCCACACAACUUACCAUGUUUUUGGUGUUGAGGUGGCCCAGACGUCCAAAUUGUUGAGGGCAACAAGGAGAGAUGUUGGCACUCGAACACCAGUGUGUCCGUGUGAUGACACAUUUUUGUGCACAUAUUAACGCAUCUGCAUGGGAUUAAUGAGUUCUGGCAUGGGUCGUAUUUGUGUGGCAAUAUCCAUUAUUAAUAACAGUACAUCUGUUGUAUGCACAGCUGAAAGUUGUUUUCAAACACUGGUGUGCUCUUGUGUUUGAUCAUGUGGUUAGUUGAAUUUGCACAUAUAAGUAUCUUAUGCCAGUUAAUGAUUUACAUUUUAUUACUUGUAUUUUAAAUACGAGAAGAUUGGAAAAUACUAGUAUUCAUUUGAUCUUGAGACUAAUUCAUUUGGAGAUUAAUAAACUAAGACAUUCAGUGGUUCAUUUAAUAUUUUCCAAUAUUCAUCUGUUGAUUGGAAAAGGCAAGUUCAUGCUCUCGAUCGUGAAGCCUAUUCAUUUGUCAGGGGAUUCUCCGCAGGUGCGGAGAGUAUUUAGUGAUUUAAUCAACACAGAAUAGUAUGAAAGGCUGUAAAAUUAGUUACACAUGAUUAAUUGAUAAGUAUUCCUUUUUUCUACCUUAAAUUCUCAAACUCCAAAAAUAUGAGUAAAUCCAGGAAAAUAUGUCACAGACUUAGUAGGUGUUACAAGAAGAGGAUUGCAUAAAUCAGGUCAUUGCUACUGGUAUUUCCAAUGUCCUAAAAAUGAACAAACUUGAUCUUGGGUUUAGUUCAUACAUUCCAGGUUAGUCUUUAAUGUUUACUCUGGAAAGAAGCAUCAUCCCACUUCUUGAUGUUCGAGAGACAGCUGUGGUAGUCGCCAAAGAAAACAUAUAAGUGCUUGUCUGAGUUAAUUUUUUAGGAGAAAGCGAAUGUCAUCAUGAGUACAUGUUUACUGGGAGAUAGUAUCCUAGAUGCGAAAUUGAUUGUGUAAUUGGGAUGCUGGUGAAAUGGCCUGAUUUUUCUAACUUGGAUUGACAAAUAGAUUGGGGCGGAGGUUGUGCGGAAGUUGGUUGUGUGUGGAUAGGAGGGAAGGUGGAAGAAGAGUUGAGGAAGGAAAGAAGAAGGGAGAAACAGAUAACUUUGAUGACGGCCCAUGUGGCUGUUUGUAUGUGACGGCAAGUAGGAGGCAAGUAGGAGGACAGUGAUGGUGUUUAGGAUUUUGAAGUGAAAGAAUGGUAUUGAGGCAUGGAAACUCAUUUUGUUGUCCACAAUGCGAGCAUAUAUCACCUUAUUGUCUUCCGUGUCUCCUGAUCAUUAUGUUAUCAUUGUCAUGAUUCAUGGAAAUCAUUCCUGGUUCUUUACUUGCUUUGUUUACUUUUCAGUAUUGCCAUUGGGCGAGAAGGAGGUGUUGCACCACUGAUUGCAUUGGCAUGCUCAGAUGCUGAAGUAAGGAUAUAAGCUCUAUUUUUUAUGCCACUCAUAGAGAUUUCUUAUCUCUAACUUUUCUAUUGAACCCCUUCUUUACUUUGCUUGUCGUUUGUUGGAUAUCAGUGUAUGUGUUGACUGGGCUCCCGGAUUAUUUUGUUUUGAAUUAAUUUGAUUUCAUGUCCAGUUCAGUUAUAUAGCUGGUCUCGUGAACAUCUCAUUGACUCAUUAAUUUCUUUUCAUUUACAUGUACCUAUUUCAGAUUUAUUUUUUUUUGUUGUGUAUUCCUUGGAGCUUUUUUCUAUACACUAUUAUGCCGUUGUUCAAGCCACAGUUUCUGCCACCCAUUGGUAGAAACUGUGCGUCCAAUUGACAUUGUGCGUCAUCUGUCCAUUGAUUGUCAGAAUGUGAUCUCUGUUCAUUUUAUUGCGCUGAAAAUUUCCCAUCUGUUUUGCUUCCUAUUGUUUAGUGAACCAUCAUGCUGAUCUGCUGUGUUACGUGUCAUGAGUCUCAAUUCUCUCUUCAGAGGAAUUUCCCAGAAAUUGUAAGAUUUUUCUUAAGAAAAAUGUCCACAUUCAUAUUUCACAAUAUCCGGCGUUAGUUAAACCUUAUUGACUGGAAUUGGGGAUUACCUUUUAUUCCUACAUCACAUAUAAUUGAAUAUGCCUCUGAAAAACAUACAUGUGGUGGAUCUGAAUCAGGUGUUGAUUAUUUUUGUUUGCCAGUUCUGCCAUCAAUAGUUUAUUUCAUUUUCUUGUUGGUUUGUGUAUUGAAAGGACUUGAAUUCUAGGUUGAUUCAUCACAGUACCUAUAUAGUGCAUGAAUGUGGUUGCCUGUUUUAUCUCAAGAUGAAAUACACGCUUGCAGGACGUUCACGAGACUGCCGCAGGGGCCCUUUGGAAUCUGGCCUUCAAUCCGGGCAAUGCUCGUCGAAUUGUGGAAGAAGGGGGAGUGCCUGCCCUUGUUCAUCUUUGUUCUUCAUCAGGAUCAAAAAUGGCCCGCUUCAUGGCUGCUCUGGCUCUGGCUUACAUGUUCGAUGGAAGGUUGAUCCUUUGCAAAUUUUCAUAAUCUGUUUCCUCAAGUUGGACUCUUGGUGGCAUCUCUACUCUUCAUUGAUGUCCUCAUGCAUUGCUUUCAUGCUCCAUUUCAAACACUCUUCAGAAUUAUGGGUUGUAACCACAUUAUGGUUUCUUAAAUUGCCUUCUUAUUUCUCUGGAAUAUGCUCCUUCCUGGUAAGUUCAACCAUGAAACUUGCUAGGUUUUCGUAUUCAGGAUUCUAAUGUACUGUGCUUGCAAGGUAAUUGUAGGCAUCUUGAUUUGCUUGGAGUCUCAAAUAUAAAGAUCAGGCUCCGGACGGGUUGCUAUUGUUAAUAAGAACAGUUUCAGUAAUGCCUUAGAGAUUAUGCUAGAAGCUGGUUGACAAUUUGUUGGAGCCUCUGAGUUUCCUGUAAAAGGAUUAUUAAUUCAUAUUAUUGGAGAAAUGAUAUGAUCGAAAUUCAGAUAUGAAUAUGAAUUAGUCAACCUUCGAUAAAUUCAUACGGUUUCUCUUGUCCCUGAAGUGUUUUAGAUGAUAUAAUCAUUUGAUAAAUCCCUUUAGUAUUCUUUCCUCUAAAAUUUAUCUUCCUGGUGCAUAUAGAAUGGACGGAGUUGCGUUGGUUGGCCCAUCUUCUUCAGAAGGAACUGCGAAGAGCAUAAGCUUGGAUGGCGCCAAGAGAAUGGCCAUGAAGCACAUUGAAGCCUUUGUCCUUUCGUUUUCUGACCCACAAGUGUUCUCCAUGGCUGCUCUCUCCUCGGCUCCUGCUUCCCUGGUCCACAUAGCUGAAUCAGCACGCAUCCAAGAGGCGGGCAACCUACGUUGCAGGUAUCUGAUUUACUUCUUUAAAUUAUCUGACCCACAACCUAGCCCUUAUUUUCUGACUCAAUUACUAUGUUGCUGGUGGUAUAAUGGCUACAACCCAUAUACCGUAGGAAGCAGAAAAAAUAGAAUCUAAAUAGAAUCUUUGGGAAAAUCUUUCUUCUUGAUCUGUGGUGACUGAUGAUGACUCCGGUGAAUUUUCAGCGGAGCUGAAAUCGGGAGAUUCGUUCUCAUGCUCCGAAAUUCCUCCUCGGUUCUUCGGGUCUGUGCAGCUUUUGCUCUUCUUCAGGUAAACUCCGGCAUUUCUCGUUCAUCUUCUAGAUUUGGGUUUCUACUGCAGAUGAAUGGCAGAAGCUUUCUAAUUGUGGGAGCCUUUUUAAUGCUGCCCUCAAUUUGCGUGUGUGAGUUGGAACUCUCAAUCCGCUGGUGCAGAAUUUCCAUUAAAUAAGUGGGUUCGUGCAUUGCAUAAUUAUUUCCUGUAGGAAUAUUUUAUAUGGUUUUCUUGUGUAUAUAUAUAUAUAGGUAUGUGCUCUAUAUAGUUAGUGGUCUAAAUUGGGGAAGAAUCCUCAUAUGUUUCCUGGUUCUUUUGCUUGAAAUGUCUUCUGUGAGCAGUUCACCAUCCCCGGGGGUCGCCAUGCCAUGCACCAUGCUGGGCUCCUCCAGAAGGCCAGAGCGACUCGAGUCCUCCGUGCGGCAGCAGCGGCGGCGACAUCGCCCAUGGAGGCGAAGAUCUUCGCCAGAAUCGUCCUGAGGAAUCUCGAGCAGCACCACCAGCUCGAGACUUCCAUCUGA